ACCAAAGAAGCUCUCUUCACAAUUCUGCAGGACCUAAGGCCUGAAGACCACUUCAAUAUCAUUGGCUUUUCCAACCGAAUAAAGGUCUGGCAGCAGGACCGGCUGGUGCCAGUUACUCCAAAUAAUAUAAGAGAUGCCAAAAAGUACAUUCAUAACAUGUCGCCUACUGGAGGGACUAAUAUUAACGGUGCUCUCCAGACUGGUGCAAAGCUGCUAAAUGAUUACAUCGCUCAAAACGACAUUGAUGCCAGGAGUGUCUCUCUGAUCAUCUUCCUCACGGACGGGAGGCCCACUGUCGGGGAAACACAGUCGUCCAAAAUCCUCAGCAACACCAAGGAUGCCAUCCGUGAUAAAUUCUGCCUCUUCACCAUCGGCAUUGGCAAUGAUGUGGACCACAAGCUGCUGGAGAGGAUGGCACUGGAGAACUGUGGCAUGACGAGGCAUUUCCAGGAGGAUGAGGAUGCAGCCAGCCACCUGAAAGGGUUCUAUGAUGAAAUAGGAACGCCUCUUCUCUCCGAUAUCCGUGUUGACUACCCUGAAGACAAUGUGGAACAAGUCACCCAGAACUUCUUCCCUAACUACUUCAAUGGCUCUGAAAUUAUAAUAGCUGGCAAACUCAUCAACCACACCUCAGAUAGUCUCCAUGUGGAGGUGACUGCUAGCAACUCCAAGAAGUACAUUCUCCUCAAAACAGAUGUGGCUAUUGACUGCCGAGCAUACAUUGAGAGGGCAUGGAGUUACCUCACCAUCAAGGAAUUGCUUAAUUCCCGGUUGAAGAGUGAUGACGAUCGGGAGAGAGACUAUUUGAUGGAGAAAGCCAAGUCAAUGGCCUUGACGUACAACUUUGUUACUCCCUUCACUGUUCUGAAGAUGAGAGAAGCUGGGCUCCAUUCAGAACCACCUCAAGAGGAGUAUAUCAGCCCUUCUACUGAUGGCAUUGGUGAGAAGUUGCAGAGCUUGCAGGGACACAAGGCACCACCAGGUAUACGCCGACAGCAAGAUAAACAAAGAAUUAAAAUCUCCAAAACUUCAGCUGAUGGAGACCCUCACUUUGUCAUUGAUUUUCCCUCCAGCAAGUUCUCUGUCUGCUUCAAUAUUGAUGGAGAACCAGGGGACAUUCUCCGACUGGUCUCUGAUCAUAAGGAAUCCGGUGUAACUGUGAAUGGGCAAUUAAUUGGAGCUCCUGCACCACCCAACGGCCACAAGAAGCAUCGGACUUACUUCAGCACCAUCACUAUCCUCAGCAAUAAGCCAGAGAGGUCUUACCUAGAGAUCACACCCAAAAGAAUCAUCCUGGAUGAUGGGGAAAGACUUCUUCUGUCCUGUGAUCGGAGUGCUGUUGUGCGAAGCAGAAGCCUUGAGGUGUCCAUCUCUGCCAAUUCCAACAUCACUGUGACGAUACGAGACACGAUCAGCUUUGUCAUCCUCAUCCACCAUUACAAGAAGCCGGCCCCAUAUCAGAGGAAUCACCUGGGGUUCUACAUCUCCAACAGUAAAGGCCUCUCUUCUGACUCCCAUGGGCUACUGGGUCAGUUCUUGAACCAUGAAGUUAAACUUCUUCAGGAAUCUCUAAACACAAGUCAUCAGCAGCCAAACCCUACAAACACUCUGAAAGUGAAGGGACGGCUCGUUCCUGUUGUGUGGAAGCAGAGGAGGAUCUACAACGGCCAGCAGGAAGUUGACUGCUGGUUUGCCAAAAACAAUGCGGACAAACUGAUCGAUGGGAGCUAUAAAGACUAUUUGGCUUCUCAUCCUUUCGACACAGGGACCAGCUUUGGGACGAUCAACAGCCUCUAA